AAAAAAAGAAACUUCUGUUCCUGUGGAACAAGGCGGACGGCAGAGAUUGAGAAUUUGGGUUUGUCCAGGCAGGAGACUUGAGACUGGGUUCUGGAGUCGGGCAGUGGAGAAGGGAUGGCGAGGCAGCGUUGCGUGUGGCUCGGAUUCUCGCAGCCUCUGUGGUGCUGAUGGAGUCGGUGGGAUGGCCUUUGCCAGGUUAGAGAAACGCCGAACAUGAGGCGGGUCUGGCGGCUGUGAUUUCUGUCCGAGACCAAAGGGUGGGAGGGGGGAGGAAGGAAAGACACAUCGGGGAUUCCUCUGGGCACUAACUGGCGAGAACAAUGAACUGAAGCAGCAAGAGGCAGCUGGUGGACUUGGAGAAAUCCCUCCGGGCGAGGAAUUGGAAAAUUCCAGUUCAUCCGUGUCGCUAGUUUCACAUUCACAGCUUCUUGCUCUUAACCCAGAACUAUGCCGAUGCCGGGUCAACAGAAGCGGCUGUUUAACUCUCUGAACGGCACUGCCCCGGACACCCUCCACCAGGUCGUCCCCGCCAACCGGACGGACUUCCCGUGCCAGGUGCUCUUCGUGCCCGACGAGCUCUUCCUGACGCUGGGGCUGCUGAGCCUGCUGGAGAACGUCAUGGUGGUGGUGGCCAUCGCCAAGAACCGCAACCUGCACGCCCCCAUGUACUAUUUUGUCUGCUGCCUGGCUCUGUCGGACCUUCUGGUGAGUGUCAGCAGCCUGCUGGAGACCGUGGUGGUGCUGCUGCUGGAGAGGGGGCUGCUGGCCAUGCGGGCGCCCGCGGCGCAGCAGCUAAACAAUGUCAUUGAUGUGUUGAUCUGUGGUUCCAUGAUGUCCUCCAUUUCCUUCCUAGGAGCCAUCGCCGUGGACCGCUACAUCAGCAUCUUCUACGCCCUGCGCUACCGCAGCAUCGUCACGCCCGGCCGGGCCCAGGGCGUCCUCGCCGGCAUCUGGGUGGCCAGCGCGCUGUCGGGCGCCCUCUUCAUCGCCUACUACAACCACGUGGCGGUCCUGCUCUGUCUCAUCGGCUUCUUCUUGUCCAUGCUGGGGCUCAUGGUGGUCCUCUACAUCCACAUGUUCGUCCGGGCGUGCCAGCACGCCAGGAGGAUCUCGCGGCUGCACAAGAGACACCCCGUCCACCAGCUGUCGACGCUCAGGGGGGCCGUCACCCUCACCAUCCUGCUGGGCAUCUUCUUCCUCUGCUGGGCCCCCUUUUUCCUGCACCUCACGCUCAUCGUCCUCUGCCCCGAGCAUCCCACGUGCAGCUGCUACUUUCAGAACUUCAACCUCUUUCUCAUCCUCAUCAUCUGCAACUCAGUCAUCGACCCGCUCAUCUACGCCUUCCGCAGCCAGGAGCUCCGCAAGACCCUCAAGGAGGUGAUCCUGUGUUCCUGGUGAGGGGCCGGGGCUGCGCUGGGGACGCGCGUGAUACAGUAAGGAGAGGCCCAGUGGGACAGAGGUGCAGAGUGCGCUGGCGAAGAGCAGCUUCUCAGCUGCAGAGGGGCUGACGCUCUGGUUAGGGAGCAGAAGCUGCUCGUGGGACAGGUGGCCAGCCUGGCUUCCAACAUCUAAAGGGCCCUUCUGGGAAGGAUGCUGAGAUGGAGAGAGUGUGUGUGACAAGGAAAGAGAGACAGAGACAGACAGAGAGAGAGAGACAGAGACAGACAGAGAG